AUGAACUUAAUCAUCAGAAUAGCCUCCACUGAAUAUAAUGCAAACGAUCCUAUUGAAGAUAGACAUGAUUUUAGAUAAUUAACAAGUAUAAAAGCAUUCGCUUGUGCAGUUUAUGACGGACAUGGAGGAUGGGAAGCUUCUGAAUAUAUUAAAGCCUUAUUAUUAUCAGAAAUACCAAAACCUGGCCGUGUAGGAAGUUGUGCUCUUGUGACCAUAAUAAAAAAUAAUAAAGUAUAUACAGCCAACGUUGGAGAUUGUAAGGGAGUAAUUGUUAGUUAAAACGAUAAAAAAGAAUGGGUUGCUAGAAAAAUUAACCACAAGCUAAAUGCAAAUUCUCCAAAAGAGCAAGAAAGAUUAAGAAAAUAAUUUCCUAAUGAUAAAGAUAUUGUAGUAUGUAAAAAAAAAGUAGAAGGCGCUUGCUAUGUGAAAGGAAUGUUAAUGCCAACAAGAGCUUUUGGUGACUUUAGGCUUAAAUAUAAGGAGUUUUAUACAAAAGACGAUACUUUUAAAGGACCAUAUAUUACACAUUAACCUGAUAUUUAAAUUCAUGAAAUUAAUAAAAAUGAUAAAUAUAUUAUUAUGGCUUCCGAUGGUUUAUGGGAUGAAAUGAAAAAAGUUAAUAUUGCGAAAAUUACAGGAGAUAAUUAUAAAGAUAAAAUUAGUAUAGUGCAGGAGUUGUUUAAUUAUGCAUUUAGAAAUGCAGCUAAAAAUGCAAAACUUACUGAAAAGGAACUUGGGUUAGUUGAACCUGGAAAAAGAAGAAAUUUACAUGAUGAUAUUACUAUAAUAUGUAUUGAUUUAACUAAUUAAUAUGCUUCUUCUUGAAAAUCAAAUAUAUAUAUUUUAUUUUAAUAUAUUUUUAUUUAAAUCAAAUACUAUUUUUUAUAAUGUAAUAUUAACAAUUAAAACAUUUAUUUAUUC